CGGGGGGCAGCGCGGACGGACGGCGUGAAGCGGGCGGGGGGCUCCGGGCAGCGCGUCCUGCCCUCCCUCCCUCUCUCUAUCCCUCCCUCUCUCUCCCCAUCCUCCCUCCCUCUCUCUCCCCAUCCCUCUCUCCCCAUCCCUGUCUCCCUGCAUCCCUCACCCCGGCCCGCGGAGCGCGGUGCGGAGCGCGUCUUGGCGGGGGCUGCCGGCCGGGGAUGAUGCCGGGGGAGCUGCGCCUCGGCACCGCUUUCUGCUCGCCCUCAAUGGAGCCCGGACUUUUUCUACAAUGACUUUCCCCGAGCUGAGCAAUGGCAGCUUGAGUGGGAACCGGACGGGACAAGGCAGCCAGAGCGCUGCCAACCGGUCCUGGGGGCUGCAAGGGGAGGAGACCGCCGAGGGCAACGGCACCACGCUGACUUUCGCCUUGGAUGUGCAGGCGGUGGGCGUGGGGGUCUUCCUGGCCGUGUUCAUCCUCUCGGCCAUCGUGGGGAACAUCCUGGUCAUCCUGUCGGUGGCUUGCAACAGGCACCUGCAGACGGUCACCAACUACUUCAUCGUCAACCUGGCCAUCGCCGACCUGCUGCUCAGCACCACCGUGCUGCCCUUCUCGGCCACGCUGGAGGUGCUGGGCUUCUGGGUGUUCGGGCGCAUCUUCUGCAACAUCUGGGCAGCGGUGGACGUGCUGUGCUGCUCUGCCUCCAUCAUGAGCCUGUGCAUCAUCUCCGUGGACAGGUACAUCGGCGUCAAGUACUCCCUCAAGUACCCCACCAUCAUGACCGAGAGGAAGGCGGGGGUCAUCCUGGUGGUGGUCUGGCUCUCCUCCAUGGUCAUCUCCAUCGGGCCGCUGCUGGGCUGGAAGGAGCCGCCGCCGCCGGACGAGAGCAUCUGCAGCAUCACGGAGGAGCCGGGCUAUGCCCUCUUCUCCUCCCUCUUCUCCUUCUACCUGCCCCUCAUGGUCAUCCUGGUGAUGUACUUCAGGAUUUACGUGGUGGCCAGGCGCACCACGCGCAGCCUGGAGGCCGGGGUCAAGAAGGAGAGGAACAAGUCGAUGGAGGUGGUGCUGCGCAUCCACUGCCGCAGCGUGCUGGAGGAGCCGCUCGCCAGCGCCCGCAGCAAGGGCCACAACUUCAGGAGCUCCCUCUCCGUGCGGCUCCUCAAGUUCUCCCGGGAGAAAAAAGCAGCCAAGACUCUCGCCAUCGUCGUGGGUGUUUUCAUCCUCUGCUGGUUCCCCUUCUUCUUCAUCCUGCCUUUUGGCUCUUUCUUCCCGUCCCUCAAGCCCUCGGAAAUCGUCUUCAAGAUCAUCUUCUGGCUGGGCUACUUCAACAGCUGCGUGAACCCCAUCAUCUACCCGUGCUCCAGCAAGGAGUUCAAGCGCGCCUUCAUCCGCCUGCUCAGGUGCCAGUGCCGCCGGCGGCGCCGGCCCCUCUGGAGGGUCUACGAGCACCACUGGAGAGGGGCCUCCAUCAACAGCUCCGUGCAGGACUCUGACUCCGACCUACGGCCCAGGAUUAACACCCUCAACAGCUCCUUCAUCUUCAACUCCUCCUUCCAGGAGAGAGCCGGCAAGAGGCGAACGCUCAGCUUCAAGGGCUGGAAAAUGCUCUCGCCCUUCCAGAAACCAGCGUCCACCCAGCUGAAGGAGAAGAUGAACAGCCUUUCUAACAAAAUCAGGGGUGGCUCCAGCAAAGGGGGGGUGACAGCCACCUACAAGACAGAGGUGGAGUCUGUCUCCAUCGGGAUCCCUCAUGAUUUCACAGAAACCAUCGACUACCAGACCCAUGACUUAACAGACUGCUGUGGGCUGAGAGAAACAGAUAUUUGAAGCCUCUGGGGCAGCUGUUGGUGGUUUCUUUAGAGGCAUCCAGCAGAAACAUGGAGGGAUACCAGCUGUGGGUCUGUCAGGCGGGCUGGAAGCAGCAAUCAGGUAUUAAAUGCAGCUGCCCAAAGGUUAUCCAAGCAUCCCCCACGUGGAGCUCAGCCCCUUCUGCGGGAUUUUGGGUUCCUCGAAUUAGAGCUGAUGGCAUGUCCCAUUCUAACAACCCACAGCAGGAGGAGAAGGUGUGGAUGUGACCUUAGGGCAAGAGCUGUCUCCUCUGGUGGAUGGCUGUCUUUGGCUUUGGAAGAAGCUGUGCAAUUAAGGGAAACCAGGAUGUCUCCUUUGCCUUAAAAACACCACAGUGAAAUCUAGUGGAAAGAUUGAAUCCCAAAAGUUGCCAACCCUGCCUUAGUACAUGUGGUCAUGUUUCCAUCCAGAGGCAGCAUCCAGGAAGGACACUGCCAAGCAGUGAUCCAUCAUGGGGGUGGGUUGGGAGCUUGUAGGUCCUGGCAAUAUCCAGGAUAUCCAGACGAGGCCUUGGCUUUGGAGGGAGAGCAGAGUGGGGCAUUCCCAAGCAAGGUGGGGGGAUCCCAGCUCUCAGCCAUCAUCUCUGCAGUGGCCACAACCUUGGCCCUUCCACAUCACCUGGUUUUAGGCCAGAGGAGUAUUCCAGAUGUGUGCACUGCUGCCAAGGGGUGUGCAGGUCUCUCUCCUCUAAUUCCACCCUGUGAAGCAUUUUGCAUUUCACUUUCCAGUGAAACACUUGCAACCCACCUUGCUUUAGUGAACAUCCAUCUGUGACACACAGAGAAACCAGCUCCUUUUGGUGUCAGUCAUCCCCAAACUUUCCUGUCCCCUUCUUUGCUCUCGUUGUUUUUCUCAAUAAAAAAGCAGGAUAAAAAUGCAUCCCAGGGGCUUCACUCAGGACUACAGAAAAUGGCCUCAAGUUGUGCCAGGGAAGAUUUAAGCUGGAUAUUAGGAAGAAUUUCUUCAGUCAAAGGGUGCACCAGGCUUCCCAGGGCAGUAGUGGAGUCACCAUCCCUGGAAGUGCCCAAAAGAGACGUGAAUGUGGCACUUGAGGAGAUGGUUUAAUGGUGGGUGGGGUGGUGCUGGGUUAAUGGUUGGAUUCCAUGAUCCAAGAGGUCUUUUCCAGCCUUUAUGAUUCUGUGAUGUGGCUGUGGCUCAGGAAAGAUGGGUGGCUGAUUUGGAAGUUUGCAUUUCCACUGCCCACAGAGUCCAGGCUGAAGUGGAGCUGAGGUGCAGUUGGAGCUCCCUCAAGCAGAGGGAUCUUCUCCCAGUCAGGGUCACACUCAUGAUCCUUCUCCCAAGGGACUUCCCACAUGCUUGAUGCAUCAAACUUUUGGUGGCAGCCAACAAUUGCCUUGGUUGUGUCAAAAGUAAUGACAAUUCAAGUGGGAUUUUUCCCUGCUCUCAGUUCCAGAGUGUGAGCAUCCCUCUGGAGGGGACCACAGCUUCCUCCUGGAAACUCAAGGAGCUGAAGCCAUGGCAGACCCACCUUGAGCAGGCAGCUCAGGAAAUGGUCACUGGGUUGAAAAUUCAGAGUGGUUUAGUCAGAUUUCAGAUAAUGAGCCCCAAGGAGCGACCACCAGGUUAAGCCAUGAGCAGGAGACACGUAGGUGAUGAGGCAGAGGAUGGAUCUGAGGUGAAGUUCCUCAGGCCAGGAAUUAAUGAACAGGAAUGUGAAGUCCUGAGGGGUGGAAACGUGGCACUGAAGGUGUGCUGGGUGGAAACUGCUCCUCCAACCCAUGAGGAGCCUUUCAUGGAAGUGCCUGCAGCACAUCCAGCUCAUCCCUCUAAGGGUGAUGCCAAAGGAGGACGAAAGGCUCUCCAGCAAGGAGAAUUUCACCUUUCUUUCUGAUGUUCUGAUUUCCUUUAAAGGAAAACAAAACAGGAGGGAAGUUGGACUUUUUAAAUUUUUUUACUCUUUUGUGCAGUGAUUGAGACAAGAUACCUGGAGUUGGCCCUGUCUCAACACCCUUUACUUGAUGCAGGACAAACUGGACCAAUUAUUGAACAAAUACCAGCAGAUUUUGUCCAGAUAUUUUCCUCCCAGCAGCAAAUCCCAGCACUUACACUGAACUCAGACUCACACCCACCUCAUGUUCUCCAGCAUCUGCAAAACCAGCCUGAGGUUGGCAGCUCUGCCCUUCCAAAGCAGGAAUUUCCCAACACCCCAGGGGAAUACAUUUUUUUUCCCCUGUUUAUUUGGCUUUGAAGGGAAGUGAGACCUUACAGUGAUGGUGGGGUGACACAAAAAAAUGACAGCUAAAGUCAUUUUGUAGUGUGAGGACUGCAGCUGCCACUGGUUUCCUGGGUGUUUUUUGGGAUGGGAGGCACUGGGGAGGUGGCAGAGAAGUCCAUGAGGGCAUCCCUGAGCAGACAGACAGACAGACACACCCACUUCACUGAGUUUAUAUAAAUCUGUCAUUCCCAAAAUACCAGGCAUUCUCCUACAAAUGGGCAAACAUCCCUCUAUAAAUGAAGAUUUAACAAAUGCUGGCAAGCAGUGCAUUCCCAUAAAUGAGCUGGUAUUACUGCUUAUACUUCUCCCUGAUCUUUUUAAUAUAGUUUGGGUUUUUUUCCCAAGUAUUGAAAUAUUUAUAUUUACAGCCUCCAGCCCCCUUGAAAGCUUUUUGAGAAGGAAAAAAGGAUUAGUCUGGAGGUUUGCUGUCUCUCCAUCUCAAGUCUUUACAGACCUCCAAGGGAGAAAAUAAAGUCUGUUUAACCACACACACACACAUGAAUGCCCAAAUUCUGGCUGUGUUUGAUCUGGCCCCAAGAGAUGCCCUGGAAGGUGCUGUAGGAAAGCCUUGAGCUCUGCUGUGCUGCAUUCAGGCAAAAUGCUUGGUUUUCACCCUGCUUUCAUUUGGCAUCUUGACCAGAACAGAGCCAGGACUGAACUCAGCUUCUCGUGCAGAGCUUCACUUAGGGGAGACAGGGCUGGCUUUGCUGGCAGGGAGGGAGGAAAAUCCUGUAUGAAAUAUGACCUGAGUGUCUGAAAUUGAGCAUUUCUCCUUGAAUCCCUUCAUUUCCAAACUCUCCCAAGUUUGGAAAAAGGGGCUCAGACUUUCAGGAGGUAAAAUUCAGUCCAAUCCCAUGGAUUUCCCUGGAUCCACAGGGGUGUGAGCAGCUGAGGGAACAACCCUGUUCCAGCAGAUUUUCCAGCCAUUUCCCAAAGCCCCUGCACCUCAGUUAUCCAUCAGGUCCCACCUCAUGCCACAAUUGCAUUGUCAGACCUUGCUGCUUCAAGGAACCAAGAGUUGAGGGUGGAAAAUGAGUUUUUGUGUCACUGGGCUCUCCCAAGUCCAGGAGGGAAGGAAGGUCCCUGCCAGCCUGAGCUGGGCUGCAGCUGGGUUGCAUUACUAUUGUUUACAGUGUGUAUAUAAGUGUACAUUUUCUUUAGCAGAACAUUGGAAUUUUUUUAUGCAUAGAUUUUUAUUUUUCAUCCCCAGAUGUAUUUAUUAGCCGGAGUAUUCCUGUUUUGUGUUUCAGGUUCUGCCAGAUUGAUGUAAGCUCUAUGAAACAGAAUGCACAUAUUUUUGUUUGUUUGUACCAAAUACAUGCACAAACCUGUCUAAAAU